AUGUGGCCGAACGCUAUGAGAUUCGCCCACCCGAAGAGCUCGUUGCCCACAGACUGGAUCGAACACGAGGGCUUCUCCGUCCUCGACAGUGUGCUGGAAUCCCUCCGAUAUGUGGUGGUGAACCAGGUUCCUGCCCCCCGAGUUUUCGAAGUCGCAGUGGACAAUGCGGCUUCGGGGAAAUUGCCGGAGAUGGAUCGCAAAGUUAUAGCCGGCCUUCUGAAGAAAGGCUGUGCAAAAGUACGCCGGCUGCGAGCAAAGACAGAGAUGGAUGGUUGGCUGCAGAAGAAAAAGAAGCCUAAGACGGGCCGCAAUAAGGUUGGCGAAGAGAUCGAUGCUAUGCUUGACGAGAUUGAUAAUGAAGCUCCGCCUGACUGGGAUGAGAUUGAAGAGAACAAAAAGCUGGAGGAGCAGUUUGGUGACUUGAGCCGUUUUACGGCUGAGGAGGUUGAGGACCUGAUGGGAUGCUUGAGUUCUCCAGAGAUGAUUGAUGAGCCGCAGUCUAGCGAUCCUGCAGAUCGUGAGCCCGAGGCGGGCGAUGGAGAUCGUGAGCCCAAGGCGGGCGAUGGAGAUCGUGGGCCCAAUGCGGGCGCUGCCCAGCAGAAGUACGCAGAGGCUCAUUUGAAGAUCUUUGGGUCCGAUGCCAUCACGUUGGAUGAUAGUUCCAGUGAAACCGAUCUGGCUACGAUGGAAGCUUUAAAGGAGCAGAGAAAUUUUGUGCAUCCAGAUGCCGUUGCCGCCGAAAAGGAGGAGCAAGGAUUGGAUACUUCCAAGGGCAAUGCCAAGAAAAGGGCCAGCGGGGACACGAUUCCGGCUGAUGAGGAGGAUAAGAAGAAGAAAAAAGGAAAGAAGGCUCCGGAGGAGCCCAACAAGACUUUCGCCGGUCGCCCGCCGCCGAGAACCACGCCGCAUUUGUCCGGAAAAGUCGCGAUGGCGAAAGACAAAGCCGAGCGAAAGUUCCUGGCAUAUGUGUCCGAGCAGGGCCUCAGCACGAUGACUGAUCAGACAGAAAUUGAAAUCUUCUGUCACGAUAUGGCAGUGGCAUUUCUGCUGCACGACGCCGGGUCCCGGACAUGUGAGUCGUGGCUCGCCUUUUUUUACACGUGCCUUCCGGUGCAGACGAUCGAUGCAGACGAUCCGUUGGUGCCCCGCAAUGGCUCUGGCUUCGAGCUGAUGCUCAUCGACAAAGGAGGCAGCCUGCAGUGCUUUAUCGAAGCCGAGGGAGAGGUCACCUUCGACCGGGUUCAUACGCCGGGUGUGGUCGAUGAUUUCAAGUUAAGGCGGCCACCCGACGGCGACACGGCCCGCCAAGCACAGGCUGAGCUUCGAGCUGCAAAGGUGGAGAUAAUGGAGGCUACUGCAGAGGACUCGCAAGCCACACAGCCCUGGGAUGGAACACCGGCACCCGCUGCCAACGACUUCGACGAUGACGACUUGGAAAAGGAGUUGGAAAGGCUUAUGAGCGAAGAGGACGCCGCAGCUUCCGCCCAGGCUUCUGAGCCUGAAAGCAAUAGCAAGAUGCAGGCACUUGAACAAGAACAGGCUACGCUGAAACAACUAUACGAAGAAGCUGUGGCCCGCAUUGCUAAGCAGAAGCUAGAGGCCACUACGCAUGGCACAGCAGCAGCAGAAGAAGAAGCCGAGAAGAAAAGAAAAGCAGCAGCAGCAGCACAGGAAGCCGAGGAGAAAAGACAAGAAGCAGCAGCAGCAGCAGCAGAAGCCGAGAAGAAAAGACAAGAAGCAGCAGCAGCAGAAGCCGAGAAGAAAAGACAAGAAGCAACAGAAGCAGAAGCCGAGAGGAAAAGACAGGCAGCAGCAGACGAAGACGAAAAGAAAAGGCAGGAAGCAGCAGCAGCAGAAGCCGAAAAGAAAAGACAGGAAGCAGCAGCAGCAGAAGCCGAGAGGAAAAGGCUCGAAGCAGCACUAGCCGCAGAGAUAGAAGCAGCUGAUGCCCAGAAGAAACGCCGAGAGGAAGCACUUGCAGCAGAAGCAGCUAAGAAAGCACAAGAGGCAGCAGCAGCAGAAGCAGCAGACACCGAAAAGAAACGGCAAGCAGCUGUUGAGGAUGAAAUCCGAAGAAUGAGGCAACGGAUCCAGGAGCUGACGGGGGAGACGCCACCGACAAUCGGCACGAGCAACUUCAAACGUGCACACAGCCCCACACGAGCAGCACCGAGCCGGAGCAUGGAUCUAUCGCCACUUUCGAAACAACUCAAACAGGAACACGAGGAGGAGGAAAGGCUCAAAAGGGAGGUUGCAAAUGCUACGAAGAAGGCGAAGUUGGAUGAAAUCCAAAGGAAGAAUGAGGCCAUGCGACAAAAGCUCUUGGCCUUGGGCAGCAGUGCUUCGACAAACUCCCCGCCCGCAGCAACUCCGAACCCCAGUGCUUCGCCGGCCCCGGCCGCAACAAGUGCGAACCCCGCUCCGUCGCCGACCCCGGCCGCAACACCUGCUUCGCCGAUCCCACCCCCGCCUCAGGGCCCACCCCCACCUCAGGGCACUGCGACCCCUCCGACAACGAUCCCAGCAGCUGCUCCUCCCGAGACUUCGACGAGUGAACCGACUGCUGCUGAUGAAGCGAACACAGUGGCACGAAAAGAAGCGGCCGCAGCGAUCCAGACGGAUAUGAUCAAGGAGUACAUGGCGAGUGGACAGGACGUGAACAAGGUCACGGUGGGGAUCAGUUUGAAGGAUAUGAUGGUUGAGCAAGAAAAAAAGACAAAGCAGUCUUUGACGAGAGAACAGGUGUUCACGCACUACGCCCCCAACGAACAGAAAGCGAAAGAUGCCAUUGACUUUGCUGUCCAGCAAGGCUGCCGGGACGAUCCGAACUUCCCUGCUGGUUCGGGGAACCUGCUGUACAAUAUCUUCACAGAGUUUUCCGAGACUGAGCUCUUCGAAAAACGUCGCGAGAUCGAGGCAAGCAUCAAACCACUUGCCUCCGACAACAGACCGGAAGCCAAAAAGCUGUUCUCAGAACUGCGACUUAGUGGCAAUUCGUUGGCUUCGCUUCGUUCUGGUUCUCUUUCUUCGAGAAACCCUUAA